AUGGAGGGUUUAGGGGGGGAUGUGCCGCCAGCACACAACAGAAGUUUUUAUCCAUCCGCAUUCGGCGCACAUACUACCGCCCGAAGUGCGCCAGGAGCGGUGUAUGCGGUCGGGGACCGAUCAAACUCAUUUAGCCAUGACUCUUUUAAGGCGUACGGCUCAUUACCCACCUCAAGCGCCUCAAACACGUCUGUCGCCUUCGGCUGUCAGUUCGGCAACAGUUGCUACAGCUGCAAGAUACCACACAGUCCAUGUUUUCAGCAGAGCGUGCUCAAACAUUCCGCUAAUGGAUCUCUUGGUGGACAUUCCGACAAAUCAGUGGAUAUGGCUAAUUUUCCCACCACUAACCUCCAUUGCAGUGAAAUGCAUGGGAGGCCGAAAGACUUUGGAGUGUAUCAGGGGUUCCCAGCCCACUAUCCUCGAAUUCCUGGAUACAUUGAUGUACCUGUUGUGCCACGGAGUAGCAGUUCUGACCCACGACACGAAGCUGUCUUACCAGUAGAGAGCUAUCAGCCUUGGGGCUGGUCAAGUAGUUGGGGUAGCCAACUUUACUGUGCCAAAGAACAGAACCAAAACACGCAUAUAUGGAAAUCUUCUCUUGCAGAGGAUGCAACGCUUAGCCAGCCCGACGUCAGCACCUUUUACCGGCGUGGAAGGAAGAAAAGAGUUCCAUACUCGAAGAUCCAGCUCAAGGAACUUGAACGGGAGUAUACCGUCAACAAAUUUAUUACAAGAGACAAAAGACGACGAAUAGCGUCUUGUACCAACUUGACCGAGAGACAAGUGACUAUAUGGUUUCAGAACCGGCGCGUCAAAGACAAGAAAAUUGUUUCGAAAACGUCGAAAGACUUUGUGCCUUUUUCAUGAAGUCCCUAGAUCCUCUUUUGUACAUUCUGCCUGACCUCAGGGACAUUAAUAGUGUGUGUGUUUGUGUGUGUGUGUGUGUGUGUGUGUGUGUGUGUGUGCGCGCGCGUGUGUGUGCGUGCGUGUGUGUAGACUCACAAUAGACCACACACUCAGAUGGUCUAAUUCUGUCGUUUUCAGCAAGUGCACAGGUCCCCCCCCUUCACCAUAAUAGAGAUCAUGCAAAGGGUUACAUCUUUCUCGUUUUUCGAUUUAAAAAAUAAACUCAUACA